GCCUCAGCGAGGGUAAUUUCUCCCUCCCCACGGCCUGCUGAGCAAGGGGACCCGGGACAUUUGCGGUGAGGUAGGCGGAUCGGAUGGGUUUCCGCGUCUAUGCAGACAAAGGGCCUACUGCCUUCGGCGAGUGACGAACUCAGGCCCCCUCUCCCCGCCCCCUUGGCCGGAGGGUCGCCAGCCUGUCCAGGCCGUCCCAUCUUGUGUUCGUGGUUCCCAGCCCUCGCGAGAGGCGGUGAAUCAUUCCGCUCAGCUACUUGGAAGCCGCUGAUGAAGCCACUGGAUGGGGCGGGGGGGUGCCUUUGCGCUCUUCCGGUCUCCUCCCCUACGGCCUACUACUGCUGUUCUCCGGAAGUUAUAACUGCGGCGCAGGAGUUGGGGGUUGAUGGACGUGGGGGUUUGUGGCCUGUCAGUGAGUCCCCUUUUGUUUCUGCAGAGUGUCCGAUGGCCAGAGGUGCUUUCCCCAGUUUCUGUUAUUUAGCUUCCUGUGGUAUACUGAUGAGCAGAGCUCUUCCACUACAUACCUCACUUUUGCCUAAGAAGAUACAUGCAAGAACCUUCUUCAGAAUUGCUGCACCAUUAAUAAACAAAAGAAAAGAAUAUUCAGAAAGGAGAAUUAUAGGUUAUUCUAUGCAGGAAAUGUAUGAUGUAGUAUCUGGAGUGGAGGAUUACAAGCAUUUUGUUCCUUGGUGUAAAAAAUCAGAUAUAAUAUCAAGGAGAUCUGGAUACUGCAAAGCGCGAUUGGAAAUUGGGUUUCCACCUGUGCUGGAGCGCUACACAUCAGUAGUGACAUUGGUGAAACCUCAUUUAGUGAAGUUAAGGCAGGGAAAGUGGUGAGAGGAUGAAGAAAGAUAGAAAAGAUAUAAAUGUGGAGCAUAUAAACAUUGUUGAAGUCAUCCUGCCAUGUACCAGGUACUGAAAUGCCAGGUACUGUUGCAUGCAUUAUAUUAAUCAUCUUACCCUUCUCAGAGAAGGGUACACAUACAGAAAAGGUACUCGGACUUCAACACAUGAAAAAAGAGAAUUCCAGAGUUACAUUACCAUUUAUUUUGACUUCCUAGAGUGCGGUGAACAAAGGCUUUCAAAGCUUGGAUUGUGUGGUUUUGUGCCCACUUGAUUUAGUAGUGGUAUCAUUUCUUGGUUAUUGGCCAGAGCUAAGUGCCUUUUUCACCUCCUUGUCAGUCACUGAGGACAUGCAGCUCUCAUACCAGAAAGAAUAUACUGUCCAGUGAAGCUAAGACAUGGGAGUCCACCCUAGUCCCACUGUCAAAACAUCAACUCCACUUAAAAGUCUGUGCCGCAUUCUGAGACUUUACUAUUAUUAUAACUGUUUUCACCUGUUUGCCUCAUAGUUUUGAAGUUUUUACUUACUAUAGUGCACUGCCUCUCUUAUAGUAGCUAAUGCAUUAAGCUCUAUAGUGCUUUCUUUACUUGAAUUGUUUAAUCUUCACAACAGCCCUUUGAGAUGCAGAUUUUAUUAUCCUCCAUCAUCGUAUGGUUGAGUAUGCUAAGACUUCAAAGAGUUAGAUAGCUUGCCUAGGGUUACACAGCCAAGACUCUGUAGUCUGUCUGACAACAGUGACUAUCUCUAUAAAUCUUAAAAUUGAGUCCCCUGACCUCAAUCUC